AUGGAUCUGGACGAGUCGCCCAUUACUACUACGAUCGCUCAGCGCUACAAUGAAUACAAAGGCAGUGUGACCAAGAUUGGGCUGGAGGAGGCACACAACCAAUACGGCAAUAUCACAUACCACGAUCUUGGCAAUGAGCGCUGGAAGUUCGAUCUGUUACGAGAGUGCUUCUUUAUUCAAACCGUCAUGGUUCGCUUCCCUACCAAUGCAGAUCUUGCUGGACGGCAUAUCCGACCUGGUAUACGGCUCUUGACAAACGAGACAUUUUUACAUGAUAACGCACAAGAGGUGGUGUCAACGUUGGAUUGGUUUGAUGAGCUUGAGGAUCAAGAUCCACUACGGCAAGGCACUUGGAAUAAUCUCCUUGAAGGGUUCAUUCAUUUGCAAACAAGGUGUGAAAUCGUGCGUUGCAUUGUGCAAUAUGAUCCAUUAGUGAUCCCAGAGGUCACGGAGCAAUUACUACAAAGCGCUGGUCGUUUAUCAUCAUCCCGUUACCAAAUAUACCUCUGUGAGAUGGUCUAUACAAUCGUUCAGGAACAUCCGGUGCAUGCGGCUGAUAUUCGAUACAAGCUCAUUGGACGACAAUUACUACCCGAACUUAUAAUAAGGAUCACAGUGGUUCAUGGCAAGGAUGAGAUUGACGUUUUGAAUGGCAUCUUUCACGGUUUCCCUUCUUGGUUCAUGGCACAAACAGCAAGCAGUAUAGCGCAUUUCAACAAAAUCAAGACGAGGAUAUUUGCAGAAAUCGAGCGAUCCAAGAACGAUAACUCCAAGGUGGAAUUGGCAAUGGCCAUACGUGCAUUAGCAGGACUGGUUGGAUACCUGGGAAUCAAGCUGACUGAAGGGGAGGUUGCAAAAUGCUUGGAUCUAUGUCGAACGUCACAAACAGAAAGGAUUGUAAAGCUUUCAUUAAGCCUCAUGCUAGUGGUAUCAGAUCAAGCAAUACGAUCACAGCGUAACCUAGGCCAAGUUCUUUCACAGCUACUCCAAUCGGGCGUCUCUGAAAUGCCAAUGUUAUUGAUGGUGUAUUUCCAAACCGAUCAAUUUGCUCAAAUCGAGACCAUGGCACGCUCUAUUCUUGAUAUGCAUGUCGCCAUACCCAAGCUAGGUUUAUUCGAGAUGCAGAAACUCUUUGCUUCAAUACAAAAUAGCUAA